AUGGCCAACCCCAGAGUCGAAGAGCUCCCCGACGAGGAGAUCCCCAAGGCCGGUGUCGAGGAUGCUGGCAGCGACUCCGAGUCUGAAGCUGGCGAGGAGCCCACCAUCCCCGGUGGUGCUGCCGUUACCAUCCACUCGCGCAACGAAAAGAAGGCCCGCAAGGCUAUUGGAAAGCUCGGAUUGAAGCAUGUUCCCGGUAUUACUCGUGUUACUCUCCGCCGACCUAAGAACAAGCUUGCCGACUUUUGCGUGGAUACGAUGGCUAAUAAUCGACAGAUCCUCUUCGUCAUCAACCAACCCGAUGUCUACCGCUCUCCCUCCUCCAACACCUGGAUUAUCUUCGGUGAAGCCAAGAUCGAAGACUUGAACGCCCAGUCUCAGGUCAACGCUGCCCAACAGCUCGCCGCCGCCGAGGCCGCUGCCAGCUCCGACCCACACGCCGGUCACGACCACUCCCACGAGGGUAAGGGCAAGGCCCCCGAGACCGAGGCCAAGAAGGAAGAAGAAGAGGAUGACGGCGAGGAAGUCGACGACUCUGGUCUCGAGGCCAAGGACAUUGAACUUGUCAUGGCUCAAGCCAGUGUGUCCCGAAAGAAGGCCGUCAAGGCUCUGAAAGAGAACGACAAUGAUAUCGUCAACUCGAUUAUGGCGCUGAGCAUAUAG